UACGCAUUACUCUUGGUUUCAUAUCACGCCACAAAACUGUCUUUUGAUCAAUUGUUCUUUCCGUCUCUCUGGUCCUUCGCAAUGGCAAUAACUUUACAUCCGCUUGCAUUAGCAUCUCCGGUCUCACACUGUUGGCACCAACACCAUCCACGCUUUCUCUCAGGUAUAGUAACAUGGUCUGUUCAUAGAAAUGCACACUCACCCUUCAAUGGCCAAUCUUUACGCCUGACUUGCCCAUGCUUGGCCCCAUUAAGAACUAACUCUCGGAUAUCUGGAUGCAUAACAAUGAUGGUCAAACCAACAAUCCAGUUCAUCCGAGGAACCGAUGAAUUGACAAUACCAGAUGUGAGGCUAACCAAAUCAGGAGAUGGUACAAAUGGUGUGGCUAUAUUCAGUUUUGAGCAACCCUCGGUUUUUGACUCGUCCAGUGAAAUUGGUGAUAUCACUGGACUUUAUAUGAUUGAUGAGGAAGGGGUUCUUCAAUCAGUUGAUGUAAGUGCGAAAUUCGUCAAUGGAAAGCCUGCAAGGAUUGAAUCAAAAUAUGUAAUGCGGUCACCCAAAGAGUGGGACAGAUUCAUGAGGUUCAUGGAGCGAUAUGCAAAUCAGAAUGGCUUGCAAUUUGUCAAAAGUUGAGGCACUGUACAUUCUCUCGUUUCUCCUUCGUUGCUUUUAGUAGUCACCUCUUUGGUUUUGUCUAAUGCAAGUGAAACUUGAAGGCCUUGGCUGACUGCUUUGUUGGUUUAAUGCAAAUACUACAAUGCUCCCCUCUCUCCAUCAAGACCACGAAUUUUGAUGUUUCUGUUGAUGUAUGAUUCUCUUUCCUUCAUUAUGUACAUCUGAGCUGACAUUCCAUGUUCUUGAACUUUGUUCAAUGAGUCAAUCUGUAUUCGGAAUCUCUCUCAGAACAGAUGAAAGCAUAUAUAUUUAAUGAAUAUAUUCAUUAUUGGAA